AUGCGGCUACACCUCCUCAUUGUCAUAGCGACUCUCGUCGCUGCUAUCUGCGAUGCGGUACCUGCAACCGAAGAAGCGUCCGAGCAAAACCCGACGAGAGCUCUUGCCAUCGACGACAUGGACAGCAAUGACCAAGAGACUGUCAAAGCGGUGCGGGGGCACCUCAAACGCUCGGCAGCCGCGCAGACCGAUUCCGAGACGAGGGGGGUCCAUCUCAGCGCUGUUUCCACCCAAACCCAUAACCUGAACCCGAUCCCUGCGCUCCGCCUCGGCAGUUUCAUUGCCGAAGACCUGCUCCUCGCUCGCAACAUGAACGGCUUCUUGCGGGAGGCCGUGGACAGAGUCCCGAAGCGCUUGACGAAAGAGUUUGCAGAGGAUCAGGACUUUGUCGAAAAGGGCACGAGGGUGCAGUCGAAGUAG